AUGAUGCAGUUGGGGGGACCAUCAUGGAAUGUAGCUCUGGGCCGUAGGGACUCGAUGACGGCGAGCCAAAGCGCGGCGAACAGCAAUCUCCCAAGCCCGGCCUCGAGCCUUUCGACGCUCGUCUCCUCCUUCGCGGCAAAGAAUUUGAGCCCGCGCGACAUGACUGCCCUCUCAGGAGCUCACACCAUCGGCCAGGCUCGUUGCACGACCUUUCGUUCCCACAUCUACAACGACAGCAACAUAAACUCCAACUUCGCCACCCUUCGGAAGCAAACCUGCCCAUCUUCCGGCGGCGACGACAACUUGGCCCCGCUUGAUGUACAGAGCUCGAACCGGUUUGGAAUCGAUUACUAUCAGAACUUGGUGGGUCUCCGCGGGCUUCUGCAUUCGGACCAGGAGCUCUUCAAUAAUGGCAGUCAGGAUUCGUUGGUGAGACAGUACAGUGCAAAUACCCAAUUGUUCUUCAGUGACUUUGCGGCAGCCAUGGUGAAGAUGGGAGCUCUUAGUCCGCUCACGGGAACUAACGGUCAGAUUCGUUUGAACUGCAGAAAGACCAAUUGA